GCGAGACUGAGGGCUGCAAACAAAAAUUCUGUAUAUCAUAUAAAAUCCGCCUAAUUUUGCCGUUGUAUAAGAUUUCACUCAAUCUAUCACCCACUUUAUACCUUUUGUUUUACUCUCAAAUGUUACAAUAAAUUGAUGUAUGUGGAAUGGUCUCCUGUUACUCAAAUACAAUGUUCUGCUAAUUUGCGUUUAUAUGCGGCUUACCCUUGUUUAACCUCUGACCUCAAUAUUAGAGGACAGUUUCCUACCUCAGUUCCCGAAAAUUAUAAUACAUAGUCCCUAAACCGUGCCAACUUAUCAUGCCAGCAAUGCUGACGGCUGCUGUAGUUCCAAAACUUCGCCCUGCGCUGAAGCCCCGUCUUUUGGCCCAAGUGGUUGGCAGGGCAUUGCCACGACAUGAGGCGGUACGACAGUACACAGACAAGGGUGUUGUUGCAGUGAAGACUCCGUUCAAGGUGCAGCUGGGAGAGGGGAAACUGUACGCCUGGUGCAGCUGUGGACUCAGUAAAAAACAGCCAUUCUGUGACGGUGCGCACAAGACGGUGGGGAUGACGCCGGUACGGUUUAAGAUGGAGGAGACCCGGGAGGUGUGGUUAUGCGGCUGUAAACAGACCAGCGACCGGCCGUUCUGUGACGGGACCCACAAAACAGACGCCGUACAGAACACAGAACUCGGACAGAACGUCGCUGCUUAGGAACCGUCUCUAAGUUCUGAUCUCCAAGCAGAUGUUAGGAGUUCGCGAACUUUUUUUGCGACCCCUUAGGGGCGAAAUCAUUUUUUUACAUGACUGUCGCUCUGAAAAUAUUUCAAAAUUAAAUCAAUUCAUUCUUUGUGGAUUUGA